AAAGAAGAAGUUAGCAAAACUGAAGAUGACUUCUUUGGGAGGCCUAGUAAUCACGCUUUCAGGCUUUGUGUUUCUCUACCUUCUUCUUGUAGCUCUCAUCAAGAUCUUUUACAAGCAAUGGUGGAUUCCGACGCGCAUUAAGAAGAAGUUGAAUCUGCAGGGAGUCACAGGCCCUCCUUACAGACUCAUCCAUGGCAACACAAAAGAAAUCGCCGGCAUGAUAAAGGAAGCGAUGAGCAGGCCAAAACGUUUGUCACAUGACAUACGCACACUGAUUUAUCCUCAUAUUCACUCAUGGAGCAAGAAAUAUGGAGGGAAGGCUUAUCUGCAGUGGUAUGGUUCUCAAGCUCAGUUGAUAGUUAUGGAUACCGAGCUGUGCAAAGAAAUACUGAAUGAAAAAGAUAGAGUUUAUCGAAAACCCAAGAAGGAGGGCUUUGCGUUAAGGCUACAAGGCAAUGGCCUUCCGGGAAUAGAAGGUGAAAAAUGGGCAAAAGUACGAAAAAUUUCCAUGCAUGCCUUUCAUGGAGAGAGCUUAAAAACUAUGAUUCCAUCAAUGAUAGCUAGUACUGAAACGAUGCUAAAAAGAUGGAUAACUUUUGAAGAAGGGAAAGAGAUUGAAGUGUUCGAAGAAUUUCGACUAUUGACUUCAGAAGUGAUAUCGAGGACAGCAUUUGGCAGCAGCUACUUAGAAGGGCAGGACAUUUUUGAGAUGUUGAUGAAGUUAGCCUCAUUUCUUGUCAAAAAUACUUACAGACUCAGAAUUCCAGGCAUCAGUCGCUUUAUCAAAAACAAAGAUGAGAUUGAAUCAGAGAAGCUUGUAGAAAGAAUACACGACUCCAUAUUAGAGAUUGUUAAGAAAAGAGAAGAGCAGGCCAUGACCAUGAGUGAUGAAGAAGACAGAUUUGGAGGUGAUUUUAUUGGAUUGCUUUUAAAGGCUCGCCAUGAUCCGAAUGUGAACAUUACAGUGGAUGAUGUAAUAGAUGAGUGCAAAACAUUCUACUUUGCUGGACAAGAAACCACCAAUACAUUGCUAGCUUGGACUAUCUUACUUCUGGCACUUCAUCCUGAGUGGCAAGAGGAAGCAAGAAGAGAAGUUCUGCAGUUGUUUGGCAAACAAACAACUCCAAAUUCUGAUGGCAUUGCCAAACUCAAAACGAUGAGUAUGAUCCUCAAUGAGACUCUAAGGUUAUAUCCUCCUGUUGUUUCUAUAAUAAGGAGAGUCAAAAAGGAUGUUAGACUCGGAAAAAUCAUUGUUCCUGCUAAUGUUGAACUGCAGGUCCCAAAUCUAGCAUUUCAUCAUGAUCCUCAACUUUGGGGAGAUGAUGUACAUCUUUUCAAGCCAGAGAGGUUCUCAGAAGGGGUUGCUAAAGCUACUAACAAUAACAUGGUCGCAUACUUACCUUUCGGAAUGGGACCUAGAAAUUGUAUUGGAUUCAACUUUGCCACCACAGAAGCAAAGAUUGCUCUUUCGAUGAUUCUACAACGCUACUCCUUCACCCUUUCCCCAGGUUAUGUUCACUCACCUUUUAGAUAUAUUACAGUUCGCCCGCAGCAUGGAGUUCAAGUAAUGCUACACCCUCUCUGAACUCUGGAGACCAAAAUUGCCGGUAAAUCUUGCACUCCAUACUUCAUAUAGUCCAGC